UGUCGGAUGUUGCUCUUACUUCGAAGAUGACUGUUAUGACAAUUACACCGCCUACAAUGCAUAUGAGAUUAAAAGGCAGUGCUCCGGAAAAUCAAUGUGUCAAUUACGAGCAGCAGGAAAAUUAGUAUUCUGCAAUGCCACGUAUCGUUUGUCUACGUACUCAACAAUCUGGUACUCUUGUAUUAAAGAUGUGAUAAACUUUUGUGAAGGCGUCUCCACCAUUACGAAAUCGGCUCACAUUAUUUUUGACAAGAAAAAUCAACGCUCGUCAUGCGGACUUUCCAAUUGCUCAUGUUUCCUGUCAUCCACUGGGAACUUUGAGGUUACUUAUAUCGACAUAAGGAUGGCAAGGAUUCACACAGACUUCACAGUCUGUUCUUCAGCAGUGUUGGUCAGCGAUCCAACUGUUUUUCAGAAUAAACAAUGUAACACAUCGUUAGAGGAACAUGAACACUUUGAAUAUCAAUUGAAAAAUAAAACUUCCGUUUCCAAAUUGAGUAUAGAAUUAAGAGAUCUUUACGCUAAUGGUGCAGACGAUUCACCGGAGUUUGUUUGGAUUUUGGUUAAAGCGGAUAAAAAUGCAGACAUCACCGUUAAAUGUGAAAGUCUUAUGCCAACAACAUGUACGACUAGUACUGAUAGUACAACAACAAGUACAACUAGUACUGAUAGUACAACAACAAGUACAAGUAGUACUGGUAGUACAACAACAAGUACAACUAGUAAUGAUAAUACAACAACAAGUACAAGUAGUACUGAUAGUACAACAACAAGUACAACUAGUACUGAUAGUACAACAACAAGUACAACUAGUACUGAUAGUACAACAACAAGUACAAGUAGUACUGGUAGUACAACAACAAGUACAACUAGUACUGAACGUUCAACCACGGCAACACUUACACCCAAGUCAGAUGCUUCAUCUGGAGUUGCAGUUAUAUCUGGAGUUGCUGCUUCUGUGGGCCUAUUGGUGAUGAUAACCAUGUUGUCAGUCUGUUUUAACAUAAUAAAAAGAGGAAGAAAUCGUCAACCCGAAACCAAACCUGGUAUUCCAAUUGACCGAGCGACGGAACAUCAUAUUUCCGGGAGGCUGGCAGAACCCAAUUACGAUAACGCGCCCGAUUUGCGUGUAAUUCGUUUAAGAGACGGGUAUAUAGAUUUCGCAGUGAGAGGACACUCGGGUUCUCAAAACACGGCAUUAGCGUGGUCUUCAGAUAAUGUUAAACCGCGACCUAUCCUACCAACAAGACCACAGCUGUCUGAGCGAAAUUCGCGACACAAUUUACCAGAACCAAGGUCAUGUCGGAAUGUCAGCAAUUUGCAUCACCUUCGGGCUACCAAGAAAGACGUUGAUGGGCACCAACUACUGCACAGCGGUUCGCAGUCGCAAGACAGAGAGCAAGAAUUCUUCGAUUACAUGAAACCAUUACCAGGGAUACGGCCCCUGUCAGUGAACGAUCUUCGCAGAAAUUAUGUUCGAACUGGUAAUGGAAACAGUUCGGAUAGGUCUUCAACCCAGUCCAAUGAACACCACUCGAUGGACGGGACAAGCAAAUUGCUUGCGCGUAAGAUGUUUAAGAUAGAUGGUCAGGAUGUCCAUAGCAUUGUCAUAGACAUGCGUCUGGUCAUGAAUAAGUAAAUUAAAGGGGUGUAAAGCAUGACUUUUGUUUCAAAACUAUUUCAAAUCUGAUUCACUUGAUGUAUAUAUAUUACUGGGGGAGGGGUAAUGUGAUUUAUAAUAACUUAUUAAAAGGAACAUUCCGGAACUGUUUUGUCUAAGCAGAUUUAUUUCUAAAGAAAAGAGAUUAACAUCUUUAAAUAAUGAUGUUAAUGUUUGUUAUCAUUUUUUCUGUUAAAAUUAUCGGAUAAAAAAAAAAGAAACCUAAAACAUAAUUGGAGGUCGUAUUUAACGCGAACGAACUAUUAAAAACACAGUAUUUCGGAUUUGCAGGACUUUCGCGAUGGUUGUUGUAAUAGUAUAUUUAUAUUUGUUUAUAAUAUUUUUUAUAUAACCGUCAGCAUCUAUGAUAUUAAUUGAAACUGUGAAUAGUAGCAAAUUGUUUGAUAUAAGAAGGCGGAAUUGAAUACAUGUGUGUCUGAAAUUACGAUUUGUUUUAGUAUUUGCAAUAAUUUAACACGGACUUUUUAGUUAAAACUGCAACAUUUCUAUUUAGGUUAAAAGUUAAAAGAAUCACAGAUUUCAACUGUCGUGCAAACCUGGCAAAUUUAACUUAAAGCAAACGUUACACAUAAAAUGCAUAAUAUUACAUGAAUUGUAAGAUAUACUUUAUCUAUAAAUUCAAGUCGACAAAUUAAAGCGAUAAAAAUCGUUUAAGUUCAGCAUACAUUGUAUUUAAUUAUUUACACAUAAUGUGAGUAUUUUUAAAAAUAAUUUUAAAAAAGCUUCAAAUGGAAAAAUCGCCAAUCUGCUUUUAACCCCGUACACUGUAUAAUCUUGUGUUUGUUCACUAAUGUUGUGGUUAUGUUUUUCCCAAAUGCUGUGAGGAUUGGUGACUUGUCUAACAAGAAAUAAGGAUGCUUAUACGAUUUUUUUCUUAUUCUAUUAUUUCGUGAGUGUCAUAAUUUAUAUUGUACAUAGUACGUCUUGAAAAUGACUCAUAGCAUGCUAUUGAAAAUAACAUGUAGCGCCAUGGACAUUGAAAAAUGUAAGUGUAUAUAUAUCUGCUUCAUGGUCUUUCCCGCUAGAGUGUGUAUUUUAAAAGCAAGUGUAAAAUAUUCGUUCAUUACAUCGCCGCUGUCGAGGUCAAGGUGUAGUUUACAUGUUUAAAAAAUAUAAAUAUGAUACUGAUGAUUAUUGCUUAAACAUAAUAUUCGGCAAAGUAAAUAGAUUCCUGAUCCGGAUACACACUUUGUUUAAGGUUUGGAUGUUAUAUAUUUCAACGACAAUUAUGUCUUUUCCCCCUGAAUAAAGUAGGGCAGUACAGCAGUAAUUGGCAUAACUGUGUACUCUUAGUACUCCUAAAACAGUUAACCUAAAGUAAGUUAGAGUAUGCACUGCCUACUGGUUAUUUGACUAAUAACCUGUUGAAAAAGACUUAAGAUCAGAACAAACAAUUUAUUAUAUUAAUAUGCAUACAACACUCUAUAUAAAUGCAUAGAAGAUAAUUCAUAAGUAAAAAUAUGCAAUAUGGUUUACAUUCGAUAAGAGUUGAUUUCUCUUAAGAUUCAAACUUUGAUGUACAUGUUAAAACAAACUAUUUGAAGUAAAGCAUAUGUACAUACCAUCGAUGUGUUGUGUGUGUGUUAGCUCUGGCUUGAAAACUAUAACAAUUAUUGAUGGCAUAAGCGAUAUAAGUUCAAUGUA